UCCCCAGCCCGCCGCUGGCGGCGGUGACGCGCACGCACGCGGCGCGCACGUUGCUUGAGAACCCGGAAGUGCGAGGGAGAGCUGAGCCACGUGGGUGGAGCUGGAGCGCGGCUCGCAUGGGGGAGUCUAUCCCGCUGGCCGCCCCGGUGCCGGUGGAACAGGCUGUGCUGGAGACGUUCUUCUCUCACCUGGGUGUCUUCUCUUACGACAAGGCCAAGGACAAUGUGGAGAAGGAACGAGAGGCCAACAAGAGCGCGGGGGGCAGCUGGCUGUCGCUGCUGGCGGCCUUGGCCCACCUGGCCGCAGCCGAGAAGGUCUAUCACAGCCUCACCUACCUGGGGCAGAAACUAGGUAAGGGCAGUCUGAUGAAAGAAGGUAUCAUGAAGGCCACACUGUUUAACACUGGAAGGGGCCAGUCUUUCUUCAGCAGGAAGGACUCCAUCCGAACUAUCUAUACUUCCCUGCAUAAUGAGCUGAAGAAGGUGGUGACUGGCCGUGGCACCCUGGGAGGGACCGCUCCUCAUGUGGAAGAACUCCUUUCCCACCUGUCAGAGCAGCUCUGCUUCUUCGUUCAGGCGCGGAUGGAGAUUGCAGACUUCUAUGAGAAGAUGUAUACCCUCAGCACACAGAAGUUCAUCAAUGCAGAAGAGCUCGUUGGCCUUUUGGACACCAUCCUCAAGAAGUACAGCUCCAGAUUUCACCACCCAAUCCUCAGCCCUCUGGAAAGCAGUUUCCAGCUGGAAGUCGAUGUCCUGAGUCAUCUCCUGAAAGCCCAGGCUCAGGUCUCGGAGUGGAAGUUCCUGCCGUCUCUGGUUAACUUGCACAGCGCUCACACCAAGCUGCAGACCUGGGGCCAGAUCUUUGAAAAGCAGCGGGAGACCAAGAAACAUCUGUUUGGAGGGCAGUCUCAGAAGGCCGUUCAGCCCCCACACCUUUUCCUUUGGCUGAUGAAACUCAAAAACAUGCUUCUUGCCAAAUUCAGUUUCUACUUUCAUGAGGCACUGAGCCGACAAACGACUGCUUCAGAAAUGAAAACGUUGACUGCAAAAGCCAACCCAGACCUGUUUGGAAAGAUUUCCAGCUUCAUCAGGAAGUACGAUGCUGCCAACGUGUCUUUAAUCUUUGAUAACCGAGGGUCUGAGAGCUUUCAGGGUCACGGCUAUCACCACCCCCAUUCCUACAGGGAGGCCCCCAAGGGUGUGGACCAGUAUCCAGCCGUGGUGUCUCUGCCCAGCGACAGGCCUGUCAUGCACUGGCCCAACGUCAUCAUGAUCAUGACGGACCGCACCUCCGACCUGAACAGCUUGGAGAAAGUGGUUCACUUCUACGAUGACAAAGUUCAGAGCACCUACUUCCUAACCCGCCCAGAACCCCACUUUACCAUUGUCGUCAUUUUUGAGUCAAAGAAAUCUGAGAGAGACUCCCACUUUAUUUCCUUCCUCAAUGAGCUCUCACUUGCCCUUAAGAACCCCAAGGUUUUUGCAAGUCUGAAACCUGGAUCCAAAGGUUAGCAGGUUAUCUGUGCGAAAGGUUUUCAAGAGAAGAAAUUGUGUUCUUAAUUGCUCCAAUGAUCUACAAUGGUCUGUGAUUAGGGUUUCGAUCCAUCCAUGCUUCUUUCAGAGCUAAAUUAAAGACAAAUCCUCCCUAAUUGUGUCACACACUUUAUAUGCAAUUAAGGCCAAUUAAGUAAAGUAUCCAAAGAGUAAUCUUAGGCUACAGUAUAUCUCCAUGGUACAGCAAAGUACUCUCAGUAUUUUCUCCUGUUUUCCUGUAUUUUAUGUAGACUGAAUAUUUAUUAGCCUUUGAUGUUUCUUUCCAGAUGUUUCUUUCCAGACGUUUUGUUUUCCAAACAUUGUGUUCUAAUGCCAUUCCAAACGCCCUCUCCUUUCCCCUCCCACUCAGAUGAGUAAUUGGGAUAAGAAAUUAAAUGGCUAUUUUAGAAUUAAGGAUUAUAUGUUUCCUAUCUCAUAAACUAGCCAGUUAACAUGAAGUUACUAGUUUUAUGAUUCUGAUCUACAAAUGAAUAUUUUUGAUGCCAAAAUUAGAGUCUUGGUGAGAAAUGUCCGCCAGUUAUUAAAGUUGAAGGUAAAUCAGAAUAGUAGGAUAACAUCAGAUCUUACCAGUUCAGAAGAUCCUAUGGCAACUUUAAUAGCCAUGGGUUCUUUUGGGGUGAUCUACACACCUAACUGCAUUUGUUUUUACCCUUAUAACGUUUGAAUGUUUCACUCUAUUUUAAAGUCAGCAUAAGCCGUUAUGUGGGAUACUUUCACAUAGUAUCUGCUUGGCUUUCUGUUUAUCACCUUUCUGCUGAAAUGUAUGUUCAUAUUUGGCUCUACCCUUGGUUAUUUUUAGGCUGAAAAAGCAUGCAGUCUUGGUUUUUCAGCCACUCUUAAACGUUCAUGUGACUCAGCCUACUUUCAUAAAAUCAAAAUGGAAUCGCUGCACUUGUUAAAAAUCAAUUGUGCGUUCAAAGGACCUCUUCAUACUUGUGUAAUCAACUCAGUACUUAAGCACAUCUGAACUUGGGAUUCGUGUCUAUCUCCAAAUAUUUUUAGAAGUAGUGCUACAUCUUAACACAUGCUGCCUUAACCCUUUUCUUCAGUAUGUGUUCAGGAGGAAAAAUGCAUAAUGGGACUGUGGAGACCUUCACCUCUAGCUUAUUGAUUCAGAAUAAAAAUAAGCCACAAAGAAUAAUUGUUAUUAUUUGAUAUUUCCUUCGAAGCUUGUGUGUCAUGUAAUAGUCCAGUCAGUCCUGUUUCUCAUGAUUGCUCAGAGCGACCACAGCGGACAAGCCGGCAGCAUUGGCCGAGAUCAGAGGAGCCCCUCCAAGUCCAAAGGAGGCCCACUGAGUCUGGACUACUUGGAGGGAGAACCCACUGACCUAUUUUCUGGGGAGAACAUGUGCUUUCUUUUCUUUUUCCCUUUAAAAAAAAUAAAAGUCAUAUGAUUUGUAAAAAGCCAGUUUGCUUUAAAUAGAAAGUAGUGAUUUACCUCUGCAUUUUAUUCACUCAGGUUCUAUAAAAAUCUGAACAGACUGUACAACUUUGACCUUACAUAAAACAUUGAAAACAAUUGGAACUAAAAAGUUAAAUCAUUUUUCCUCCCUUUUGUGCUUUGCUAAGAAGCUGAAAAACAUUCCUUGGCAUGCAUGUAUUCUUUUCUUUCCUAGAUAAAACCACCAUUAGCCUUAAAGAAAAUAUGCUUCAUUAUAACAUGGAGAAGAGUGUAAAUAAACAUAUAUACAGUACUUAAAUACUCGCCUAGAACAUAUUUGAAUUGUAUAUUUAUUUUUAAACAUAUUUUGGUUCCGGCCAAGAAACAAAGUCACUUUACUCUGAGAUUUGUCCUGUUAAUUCAGUAAUGAAGUGAUCUGUAAAGUAUAUGUUUUGCUAAUUGGAAGAGUAAACCUGCGUAUUUCCCACAGACUUGCUUAUUUUGAAAUUUGUUUCUAAACCACAACUUGAUCGAUUCUUAUGGGUAACCAAGGGUGUGGUCAACACUGAGUUUGUGAGUCCAUCAAGGAGUGUUGCGUGUUAGGAUGCUGUUUGAACACAGGGUGAAUGUUUACCACUGUCUUCUCUUAGGUCCAGCCUGGUACCUGACUGUGUCUUUUAGGGAGUGUGUGAAAAUAGAGCCUAAUUCUUAACAGAGGAACCAAAAUCCUUUACCUAACACUUUUGCACAUUUGGACAUAUUGGAGAAAAUUUACUUUCAAGAAAGAAAAGAGUUGGUAAUUCACUGCACUCCCAGGGGAGUCACUCAGGUGAAGUUUAAAAUACUGUGUCCACCCUGAGAUCUAGCAGCAAAAAUGCAGUUUUGUUUCUUUGGCAAGUCAGCUUGACUUCCUUAUCUGUAAAAUGGGGAUAAGGAAAUGUGGGCUUUUUUUCAAAGACUAUGUAAGAAUGGGAUGAGAUCAUGGAGUGUGAAAAAGGCUCAGAAAACACACUUGGGUUUGAAAGUUGUAUCAAUAAAAGAUGGACCGCUCUUUCCUUAAACUCAAGGCCUCUCCUGUCCUCAUUUUUCUCUUCAGGUCUGUGACAAACCUGUGCUAGUCCUAAGUUUGAACAGCACUUAACUAGUGUAGAAGAGGCGGCAGAUAAGUGCCUAAGCCACCCGCCCACUCUUCUUAAUUUAGAAUCUUCGUGGUUCUUUGUUCCUAAGUUUUUUUGGUUGGUGGAUAGCAUCACUCAGUCCUUCUAUAUCCAAACUGUUUUGUUUUUGUGUUAAAGUCUCCAGCUGUGAUUGUGAAUUUUUCCUUUCUGUCUGUCAGUUUUUGUAUUUUGAAGCCCUUUUAUUAGGUUGGUACACAUUUUUAAUUUUUCUGUCUUUCUCAUGUAUAAACCACUUAUUAUAAAAUUUGCUGCUUUAUCUCCAUUA